AUGGACAUGAGGACCCCUGCUCAGCUCCUGGGGCUCCUGCUGCUCUGGCUCCCAGGUGCCACAUGUGACAUCCAGUUGACCCAGUCUCCAUCCCUGUCUGCAUCUCUGGGAGGCAGAGUCACCAUCAGUUGCAGGGCCAGUCAGGACAUUAGCAAGUAUUUAGUUUGGUACCAACAGAGAGCAGGGAAAGGUUCCAAGCUCCUGAUCCGUUUUGCAACUACUGUGCAACCUGGGGUCCCAUCUAGGUUCAGUGGAAGUGGAUCUGGGACAGAGUUCACUCUCACCAUCAGCAGCCUGCAGCCUGAAGAUGUUGCCACUUAUUACUGUCAACAAAGAAGGAGAUCUAGUGGAGAUGUUGUGCUGACCCAGAUUCCACUCUCCCUGCCUGUCACCCUGGGAGAGCCGUCCUCCAUCUUCUGCAGGUCUAGUCAGAGCCUCCUGUAUAGCAAUGGAAACACAUAUCUGCACUGGUUCCUGCAGAAGCCAGGCCAGUCUCCACAACUCCUGAUCUACAAGGUUUCUAACCGAGCAUCUGGGGUCCCAGACAGGUUCCGUGGCAGUGGGUCAGGCACGGAUUUCACACUGACCAUCAGCAGGGUGGAGGCUGAGGAUGUUGGGAUUUAUUACUGCUUUCAAGAGACACAUGAACCUCUCACAGUGAUACAGCCCUGA